UCAUCCCUGACUCACCGUCCCACUAUAUAGAGACUAGUUAGGGCUUAUUUAGGAUUUGCGAUCCCGUGAUCUCUCGCGUCUCUGUCUCCUCUCUUGUGCCAAGAGUGUAAAUAUGUCUACCGUGAGCCUUCCUACGCCAUUCUUGUUCAAAAGUGCACCCUUGAAGAAAUCUUGUGCCUUGAUCAGGAGUCCAGGUUCUUUGGGUUCUGUGAGGAGCACCUCCAAAGCAUUUGGGCUGAAAUCUUCCUCCUUCAGAGUAUCUGCAAUGGCAGUGUACAAAGUGAAACUGAUUGGUCCAGACGGUGAGGAAAGCGAGUUUGAUGCCCCGGAUGAUGUUUACAUCCUUGAUUCGGCUGAAAAUGCGGGACUGGAACUGCCAUACUCAUGCAGGGCUGGAGCCUGCUCAACCUGUGCAGGGCAGAUGGUGUCGGGAUCUGUCGACCAAUCAGAUGGAUCAUUCCUUGACGAGAAGCAAAUGGAUAAUGGUUACGUGCUGACCUGUGUUUCAUACCCAACUUCAGACUCUGUAAUUCAUACUCACAAGGAAGGGGAUCUCUACUGAGUCAUGGAAGGUUGAUGGUGGCUCGGUGACAUGUGGUAGAAUUAGGACAUUAUGGGCCGGGUGCCGAUGUUGGCUAUUGAGUAUUUGGGAUGAGAUUUGUUUUAUGUUAUUUGGGCACAUCAAUUCUAGUAUAUGACUUAGCACAAAGCUAGAAUUCGAGUAGAAAUUCUCAGAAUAAAUUACUUGUUGGUCAUAUGGGAACUAGUCACUGAUUCUGGAUUUGGAUGGUAAGAUUUUUUGGCCUUAAA